AUGAGCUGCUGUCCCCCCACGUCGCUGCCCCCCAUGCCCACCACGAGCGCCAAGGAAUCGAUGCUGAUGGGCACGACCAACGUCUUUUUCUACGACAACCCGGCGUCGGACCGGUGCGUGCUGGUGUUUCCCGAUGUGUUUGGCGUCGACAGCGGACGCACCAAGGACAAUUGCAUCCGCCUCAGCGCGUUGUACAAAGUCGUGUUGAUCGAGAUGAAUGCCGCCAACGAUUUUCCCCUUGCCGAGCAGGACACUCCAUGGCCGUGGCCCGUCGAGUGGAUCCGCAAAUUGGUGCUGCAAGUCCGAAUCAUCAAGUGGGCCCGCGCGCGGCCGUUCGACAAACUCCAGCCCAAGAUCGACCACGUCGUCACUUACAUGAAAACCCACCACAACGUGGCCAAAUUCGGUGCGAUGGGAUAUUGCUGGGGCGCGUGGGUCGUGGCCAAGUGCAGCACUUUGCCUGACACGCCCCUUGCAUGCGGCAUCUCGUUCCACCCGAGCUGGCGCGUCGAGGAUGUCUCGACGGGGUGGGGAAAAGCUGCCAAGUUGGGCGACUUGAUCCGCGUUCCCCAACUCGUCUUGUCAGCCGGAGACGACCCGGCCUUCGUCAAACCUGGCAACAGCGUCGACAUGUCGUUGCAGUCCAAGCCGUUUGAGAGCAAGUUGCGCGAGUUUUCAACCAUGACGCACGGGUGGGUGAACCGCGGCGACAUGACCAUUCCUGAAGUCGCCCAAGGUGUCCGCGAAGCGUGGGACGACGAAGCGCUGCCAUUCCUCAAGCUGCAUCUUGGUUGA